AUGCCUGGGGUGUUCGCUGUCGCUUGUUUUUGCAACCAAAACAUGGGGCGUUCAACAUCGGGUCCGAGACGUGAAUGUCGUCUUGAUGGGUCAUUUCAACCUGACCCAUACUUUCCUAUUUGUUCUUUUCUACUGUCACUCAGCGAGUCUGUUCUAUUUUGCCCCCAGUGCUUGAUGGUUGUUUUACCAAGGUUAAGUUGGAUGGAAUCUACUUAUAGAUUUGUUUGGGCUUAUUGGUCUAAUCAGUCAAAGCUUCUUGGUGGGAAAGCCACGACCAGGCAUUUUGAGAAAGAUCCGGGGAGUUCUUGCGAUGGAAUCUGCAUUUCUCAGCAGUUCGAUUUCUUUGAGGAUAAUGGGGCUGCCACAACGGGUCAAUCCCGUCAUGGUUCUUCGGUACUCCUCAAUACUUUAUCCGCGAUGGACGGACAGAUAAGACGCCAGACAGUCAAAGAAAAGACAAUAUUUAUUGUAAGGGAGGAUGCGGAUAUGUAA